CAUGCUGGGAAAAAGAGACCUAUUUCAGAGGUGUACAGAAAUGAAGUUUAGCCACUAAUUGCGAACUGCUAUUAGGAGCAAACUGGAUUAUUACACGUUAUUUUGCUCAUUUUGGUGAAAAUGUCAUCGUUAUAUCUAAGAGCUAAAUGAAGGUUUAUGUGUCCUCUAGGUGGCACUAGAGGAUCAUGGAGCCUGACGUCGUCCGCAUGUACUCCUCCUCCCCACCUCCACUCGAUGAGGACGGAGAGGAGGAAGACGAAGACGACUUCGGUGAGUUCGGAGGAUACUGCUGUGGUGUGUCAUCUAGUUUCAGUUUCUCGGAGUAUGACACGCCCACUCCGUUCGAUCAGUCUUUCGCGAUGGAUAACUCGCCUCCUGACCGAUACAACACGUUCCCGAAGAGUGUCAGUCAGACAGAGAAAUUUGAAGAGACGGAAAAGAUAACAACAGGCCAGGAAUCUCCAAAUCCCGAGUCGGGGGUAUGCACGAGUAAUGUUUCUGUGGACUCUGGGAAUGGAAACCUGGAGACAUCUAAAGUUCUCCUCAAUGGUCCUUUAUCCCCUGACGUUCAGGAGAAGCUCUCAGUGGACUCUGUUACAGAGAAGGAUAGCACCUCUGAUCUCCAGGGCUUCAAACAGUGUGGUAAAGAUGAGCACAGCGACAACACAAACACAGAUCAAGUGGGACACUGCCUUAAUAAUGGCCCCAUCACUUUUUACACUGGUAAAGAGCUGGUAACUAGCUACAACAAUACAGAAUCUCUGUUAGUAUCUAGAGAAGAGGAUUCCAGUACAGAAACUGACAAAGCUUCUGUAGCAGAGGAUCCUGCUGAUUCUCAUCAGUUACUGGAAGAUAGCAUCUCUCAGACAAAGGUGUCUGAGGCUAGGGACACUCUGGCAGGAGAGGGGGUCACUGAAUCCCAGGAGGUUGAUUCUAGUCUGGCGGGUGACGAUCAAAUCAACAAGCAAAAAUCAGAGAAGGAUGAAGGAGAAGAAGUUAUGCUGUCUGGUUCUUGUGGACCUUCUGGUGCUUCCUUUUGCAAAAGACAGAUUCUAAGUGGCUCUGAAGUUCUUGAAGAUGUUGCAGAUACGUCGUUGGCACCAGAAGCAGAGAAUGUUCCGAUGUCUGAUGCACAGUUAAAGGAAAAUUUCGAGGAUUGUGACCAGAAUCCAGUAAGCCCUGCGGUUCAUAGACCCCUUGUGGUUCCUGGAAGAGUGGAACUGGAAGAAGAUUUUGAGGAAGCGUGUUUGCCUGUUGGGACAGAACGUCAUGAUGGGGCAGAUCCGGAUAUAAAGGAAGUUAAGAGACUUGGGUCAGUGGAAUCAGAUGAGGACUUUGGAGAUUUCAGGGACGCCACUCAGGGUUUUCCAGAUGUCAGCCAGGCCGAAUCCAUGAGUCAGGAUGGAUUUGCUGAUUUUGUGACUGCAUUAUCAGACUGCUCCUCGCACGAUGAGUUUGCAGAUGCUGACACCCUGAAGGACCUGAAGGAGGAAGACGAGCUAGAUGCAGAAGAUAAACAUGUUAAAGAUGAUGAUGAUGAUGACACUAAUAAUCAUGAAAGGAUGUGUUCAGAGCUGCCCCCAAGCGAUAGCUUUGCAGAUUUUAGUUCGGCUCCUUUUGGAGGACUAGCAGGCACGAGUACAGGUGAAAAUUGGGUAGAGUUUGGGCAGCAGGAGGCGUGUGAAGUACAGCAGGAGUCUUGGGCGGCAUUUGAAGAUGAGCAGCAAAGUAAUACUGAAACAGCGCCCUCUACUGAUAGCCUCCAGACUGACAAUGUGUUGUUUGGAUACAGUCACAAACUUCGGCACCUUUUCGAAAGCACUUUCCCUUCGGAGAUGGCUCCCGACGACUCGGAUGUGCCGACCCUCCAGGCCCUGCUGGAGCCCCAGGACCAUGCGGAGAUCAGGGAGUCUGUAGCCAUGUGGCGCCACCUGUUGGACAUCCACGGCGCCCACGGCCUCAAGGUGCAAUGGGUCGGCUCACACGGCAACAGAAUUCUGCUGGACUGCCUGGGAAUCUACAACAUUCUGUUUACUGGUCAAAACAAGCAGCCUGUUAUCGUACCCAUGUUUGCUGCCGGAUUGGGUAUGCUUGAACCUACCAAAGAGCCUGUGAAAAAUUCCUCCAUCUUUGCCGCAUCUUCACCUGGUCUGGGACGAUCUGCUCUGUGCACUCAGGUGGCGUCCUCAUUAAGCCUCGAAGACGACGCACAAGGGGGCACUGUCACACAACUCAACCUCGAUUUCUUUGGGCCGGUGGAGGACCGUAGCUCAGACAGUGACACUGAUACACCGAUGCCAGGAGUGGAUCCAGAGUUGUAUGAACUGACCACUGCUAAACUAGAGAGCAGUAAUGCUGGCAGUAACGUAGAGGACGCCUUCACCAAACUGAUGGAAACCGCUGAAAAGAAUAGCACUGUGACCAGGAAGCCCGAGCGAGAAGGAGAGAUGAGUGAAGAGGCGGCCCGGGUGAUCCCUCUCCUCCCCGAUCUGUCUUUCAUGCGUGCAAGAGUCCUCAUGUUCCCUUCCACCCUGACUCCAGCGGCCAGUCACCAAUGACCUUCGACCUCCAACCAGUGACCUCUGACCUCACCCGAACCCGUACUGCAGGUUCAUUCAUCAACAACAAGAGAAAGCUCUGCCACUUCUCCGGCACUUUUAUGUCUUUUAUAGUGUGUUUUUGGCGUUAAUCCUUUCAGUUAUGUCUUUGUUAAGCGUUCAGAUAAAACUCUAUGGUUCGUCCUCUGAGAUUCCACCCGUGUAACAGAACUAGGAAGAACAGCUGCACAUUUUAUUACUUGAAACCUCUCUAACUUAUUCUAACUUAUUAACAGAAUAGAUUGACAAAUUUUUAUAAUAUCCUAUUUGCUUUGUGUUCCUUCAGUUUUUACUUCAAGACAAACCUUCUCGAAGUGUCCUUUUAUUCCUAACUGAGUUAGACGAGUAUUAGACAUUUCCUUUAUUCCGGUUUUAAAUCCGUCUCCUUUAACUGAACGACAAGCGUGUGUUCGAGAACGCUCCUAAAGACAUGAGGUUUUAUUUAUAACCCUUACCCUAAGGUAAGAAGCAGGUGUGUAUUUAUUAUAUCAUAUACAUCAUACAUCUUCUUCGUGUGUGUGUGUGUGUGUGUGUGUGUGUAUUUAUUUUUGUCAGAUCCCUGGUAAGCAUGUGAGGUUGGAUUUUUUUGCACGUGACCCGAAUGACUGAUAAGAAUAUUCCAAUGGAAAAUUAACAAAGACUAAAUAAAACAUGGCAUGCCUAAGAACUUUGGAGAAAGUGAAAGGAUCGUUUUAUUGUUUCAAACUAAUUUUGUUUAUCUAAUAAACUGCCUGUUAACA